ACUAUUCAUUAAGUAUUCCCGCUGGAAGCUGGCCACAUUCUCGCUGUCUCCGAUUCAGCAAAAAUGUGGGUACCCAGCUUACCAAUCACGAUCAUCACCGGAGUGGCGGCGGGAGCGGGAGCGUUGUGCCUCUUUAAAGAUAUGUACGGCGGAGUUCCUUUCGACAAGAAGGUAUUAGCGGAAGGGAAAACUGUGAUAGUGACGGGAGCCACCAGCGGGAUAGGCAAAGAGGCUUCGUGGGAGUUCGCUAAACGCGGAGCCAAGGUGUUCAUGGCAUGUCGCAACAUGACCAAGUGCGAGGCGGUCCGGCGUGAGAUCGUGCUGGAGACUCAAAACAAGUAUGUUUACUGUCGACCCUGUGACCUCGCCAGCGCAGAGUCCAUCAGGAGUUUUGUUGAGAGAUUUAAAGAAGAGGAACCGUACGUGGAUAUACUUGUAAACAACGCAGGCGUGAUGGAGACUCCCAAAGGAGUGACCAGGGAAGGGUUCGAGACGCAGCUGGGAACCAACCACUUUGGUCACUUCCUACUGACUGAGUUACUGCUGGACACUUUAAAGAAAUCCGCCCCAAGUCGCGUAGUAGUUGUAACGUGCAGUGCCCAUCAGAAAGGAAAGAUCCACAAAGAGGAUCUUAACAUGACAGAAAAAUACGACCCCAUAGAGGCCUACAACCAGAGCAAACUAGCUAAUGUACUGUUUGCAAGAGAACUUGGAAGACGAACGCUCGGUUCUGAUGUAGCAGUGAUAGCGGUGGACCCUGGCUUCGCUGACACAGACCUCACAAGACAUAUGGGUAUGAUGAAGAGCUUCACUCGCUUCUUCGUCUACCCUCUGUUCUGGCCGGUCAUGAAGAGGGCCAGAACCGCCGCGCAGGUCAUACUGCAUGCGGCAUUGGAUCCUCACCUGCAGGACAGCGCUGGGGACUACUAUGUUGAUAUGAAGAAAUCGGCUCCGUCUGAACUAGCUCAGGAUUACGAACUGGCCAUGUGGCUGUGGAAGGUGAGCGAGAAGUGGACCAGAGCAGACGCGCACAAGUCGGCGCUGGGUCGGCCUCAAGCCGCAUAGAACUGUUGGAUAAUACUUAAACACUUACCUAUAGACAUUUAGUAGAAGAAAGGCUGUUCUUUGAUUCAAGCCCGGUUUCUAUAUUCAAAAAACGAUUUGUUUCCAAACAAACGAAAAUUAAAGGACCGUUAAAUUUCGAACCAGACAUAUUCGAUCAUCAAAUUUCGAAAAAAAAAAAUAUGUUCUACCAUUCUAUUACGAACAAGACAUUUGAGCAAAACAAAUCGCUCUCUGAAUUUAGGAACCGGGCAUAAGGCCCUUCUUUUUCAAUCAUCUUGGUAUUAAAAAUUUAAUAUUUUGAUUGUCGCAUCCUUGGAUUGUCAUUGACGAUACUACUAAGAGAUAAUGUUGGUGUGUAAAGAAUGCUAGUAAAUUAUAGUAAUGUAAAAAGUGUAAUUAUUUGCAUUUACUGUGUUUAGUUAUGUUAAUUAGUUACGUAUUAGUUGUAUGUUAAUAAAAAUGUAAUUCAAUCA